AUGUCUGAUAUAACUGAUAAAACUGCUGAGCAAUUAGAAAAUUUGAAGAUCUCUGAGGAGCAACCUCAACAGGAGGCCACCCCAGCCUCCACUGCUAGCUCAGAAAGCCAACAAGCUGGCGACAACGAUGUCACCUCUACUUCUUUGUACGUUGGUGAACUGGAUCCAUCAGUCUCUGAAGCUUUGCUAUACGACUUGUUCUCCCCCAUUGGGUCUGUUGCCUCCAUCCGUGUCUGUCGUGAUGCCAUCACUAAGACCUCUCUAGGUUACGCCUACGUUAACUUUUCCGACCACGAAGCUGGUAAGCAAGCCAUUGAGAAGCUAAACUACACCCCAAUCAAGGGCAAGCUUUGUCGUAUCAUGUGGUCUCAACGUGACCCAUCUUUGAGAAAGAAGGGCCAUGGUAACAUUUUCAUCAAGAACUUGAACCAGGAUAUUGACAAUAAGGCUUUGUUCGACACUUUCUCCGUCUUUGGUAAUAUUCUGUCCUCUAAAAUUGCUACCGAUGAAACUGGGAAGUCCAAGGGUUUUGGUUUUGUGCAUUUCGAGGAAGAGAGUGCCGCCAACGAGGCUAUCGACGCUUUGAACGGUAUGUUGCUAAACGGCCAAGAAAUCUACGUUGCUCCUCAUCUAACUAGAAAGGAACGUGAUUCCCAAUUGGAAGAGACCAAGGCCCACUUCACCAACGUGUACGUUAAGAACAUCGACUUGGAGACCACCGAUGAGGAAUUCAAAGAGUUCUUCGGCAAGAUCGGUACUGUUACCUCCGUUGCCUUGGAGAGAGGCCCAGAUGGUAAAUUGAAGGGUUUCGGUUUCGUCAACUACGAAGACCACAAUGACGCCGUCAAAGCUGUUGAAGAAUUGAACGGUGCCGAAUUCAAGGACCAAGAAUUGUUUGUCGGCCGUGCUCAAAAGAAAUACGAACGUAUUCAAUCUUUAAAGAAGCAAUACGAGUCCACCAGACUUGAAAAGAUGGCCAAAUACCAAGGUGUCAAUCUGUUCGUCAAGAACUUGGACGACUCUAUCGAUGAUGAAAAGCUACAGGAAGAAUUUGCUCCAUUCGGUAACAUCACCUCUGUCAAGGUCAUGAGAACAGAAAACGGCAAAUCCAAGGGUUUCGGUUUUGUCUGUUUCUCUUCCCCAGAGGAGGCAACGAAGGCCAUCACUGAAAAGAACCAACAGAUCGUUGCUGGUAAGCCGCUAUAUGUUGCCAUUGCUCAGAGAAAGGACGUCAGACGCUCUCAACUAGCUCAACAGAUUCAAGCAAGAAACCAGAUGAGAUACCAACAGGCAACUGCCGCUGCCGCUGCUGCCGCUGCCGGUAUUCCAGGCCAAUUCAUGCCACCAAUGUUCUACGGUGUCAUGCCACCAAGAGGCGUUCCAUUCAACGGUCCAAACCCUCAACAGAUGAACGGUGUCCCACCACAACAGUUCAGAAACGGCCCAAUGUACGGCAUGCCACCACAAGGUGCCCCACAAGGUGCCUUCCCAAGAAACGCCGGUGCCAACGCCAACCAAUUCUACCAACAGAAGCAAAGACAAGCUUUGGGUGAACAACUCUACAAGAAGAUCUCUGCCAAGACUUCCGAUGAGGAAGCCGCUGGUAAGAUUACUGGUAUGAUCCUAGACUUGCCACCACAAGAAGUUGUUUCUCUACUGGAGAACGACGACUUGUUCGAACAACACUUCACUGAGGCCUCUGCUGCUUACGAGUCCUUCAAGCAAGAACAACAGCAAGCUCAACCAGAGGCUGCUGCCCAAUUUGAAACUGAAAUUGCUCCACAACAAUAA